CUCGACCACCAAGGUGAUGAGACUGUCCAUCCUGGCAGACCUCCACGUGGAGAUGAACCCCAAAGGCAACCUGGAGCUGGCGACCUCUGCCUGCAAACCCACCGUGGAGGAGAUGCAGAGCACCGAGGAGGUGGAAAGCAAGUCCUCCAGUUCAGAAGCAGACAAGGAGAUUAAUCUCGAUAAGAUUUGCCUGGAAGUCUCCAAAUUGCUGCUUUUGCCGAACGAACAGCUGAUUUCUCUGACAGCUCUGUUCCCCGUCACGCCGAGCUGCCAGGUCCAGUACCUGCCCCUGGCUGCGCCCGUGUUCUCCGACCAGGGAAUCACCAUCUCCUUGCAAACGACUUUCCAGGUGGCGGGGAUGGCAAUCCCCCUGCCAGUCAGCCCCGUGCCAUUCAGCAUGCCCAAGACGGCGAGCUCCAGCCCUUCCCACCUCACCCUGGCUUUCUCUGAGCACUUCUACACCAGCCUCUUCUUUGCCCUGGAAACGGCUGGAGCUUUCAACAUGACCAUCCCGAGCCUGCUGACCACCGCCACCGUGGCACAGAAGAUUACUCAGAUGGGCUCCCUCUACCAGGAGGACCUGCCAGUGGUGCUGCAAGCCGUGUUCAGGAGCUCACCUCAGGUGGUGCUGGAGGAAGGCAAGGCAGCCCUGAAGCUCUUCUUCACCAUCCAUGCUGGGGCAGGCUCACCAGCUUUCCAGAGCUUCGUGAGCGUGAACGUGGAUAUGUCUGCAGGACUCCGCAUUGGUGUUGCCGACACAAGGAUGACGAUCUCUGCAGCAGUGAUAGAGUAA